GAUUCCACCAGGUGGUUUCCAAGGGCCAACCUACUAGGUUGAAAUCUGACACUGACAGCGACUCCCUGGGAGCUGCUGCGCUUCGCUCAACAGCGAACCAGGAAAUGCGCAAACCUCUUUAUGUCGGAACACCAGCUGGGCUUCCUGGGAGACACAUCCGCCAUGGGAAACAGGCUGUGCUGUGGGGGAAGCUGGAGCUGCCCAUCAACUUUCCAGAAGAAAAAUAAAACAGGGAGCCAAGCAAGACCCACAUUGAGCAUACUGAAGCAGCAACAGCAGCAGCUGUGUCAGAACAACACAAAGGACUGUGGAACAACAGGACCAAUGUACGAGCAAGUGUUACACCGGCCUGUAUCUCAAAAGAAAAGCUCAGACUCCGCAUCGGAGGAGAGCCACUUGCAUUAUGCGGACAUUCAUGUGCUCAGCCAGCUGCAGCCGUACUCUAGCAAGCAGGUGAAACACCGGCAUGUAGACACCGCUACAGAGUACGCCACUCUUCGCUUCCCUCAGGCCACACCUCGGUACGACAGCAACCACGGAACCCUGGUGUGAGUCCUUGGAAGGAAGUACUGGUUUCCACAAUUUUACAGUUCUGUGGGGGACAGUCUACUGCUUUUCGAGAACAGGGGUGUUGGCCAUUUUUCAAUCUCAAAGGACACCAGAACAUCGGUGAAUCUUUUGGUUUGCCACUGUUAUUGCGGAGUUGUGUGGUAAGGCUAGGCAGGAUGAGUACCAAAAAAAAAAAAAAAAAAAAAAAAAAAAAAAAAAAAUUUAAGUGUGUAAAACAGUCGUCCUUUGACCCCUAAUAUUAUUUGAACUCUCAAAUGCAACAAGAACCCUGUAUGUA